AUGAUAUUUGAUAUUUUAAUAGACUACAUCUUCAGCCGCUACAGUGUUAGUGAUCAGCUGGGGAAAGGUGGUUUUGGUGUGGUGUACGAAGGAAGACGUUUGGAUGAUGAUCUUAAAGUAAGUCAAGUGGCUUUGAAAUAUGUCACGAAGACCAAGAACACGAAAUGUUUAUCAAUUCCUGAUCAUCCAAACCCCCUUCCAAAAGAGAUCGCCCUCACCCUCCUGGCGAAUAAAGGUCCCAGCGUGCCAGAGAUCAUUAGGCUGCUGGACUGGCAGGACCACCCUGACCACUUUGUUAUGGUCCUCGAAUGUCCCUCUCCCUGUGAGAGUCUGGCACAGUUCAUGAGGCGUCACGGUGGAAGACUCGAUGAAGAGAAGGCACGGCAUAUCAUGAGGCAGGCGGUUCACGCUGCGAACGUGUGCUGCCUUCGAGGAGUUCUCCACCGUGACGUAAAACUGGAUAACCUGCUUAUAAACAGCGAGACAUCCGAAGUAAAGCUGAUUGACUUCGGAUGUGGGGACAUGCUGAGGAGUUCGGCGUACAGGUCAUACUCUGGCACAGCAGCGUACUCCCCUCCAGAGUUUCAUGUCAGGGGGAUGUACUAUGGCAGGCAGGCGACAGCAUGGUCACUAGGGGUUCUGAUGUUUGUGAUGUUGUGUGAACGUUUCCCUAGUGACUAUGACCUGUUACUGCUGAAACGGAAGCUCUGGUCUAAACCCGGCCUGUCAAGAGGUGAGAUCUAGAAUUAAUCAUUCACAAUCAUAGAAAACAUCUUAACAUGAUCAAAUAGAGUAGAUGUAAAGUUUAAGGUAAUAAUCAGACAUCCCUCCCGUCUUCCUGCACAGAAUGCUGUCGUCUGCUCAGGGCUCUCUUGCGGGAAAAACCAAGUCGGCGACUUAGUCUUGGGCUAAUCCUGUCCCACAACUGGUUUAAGGUAGUGAACCUAAGAUCGGCUAAAAAAAAAAAGUUUAUUUUCCCAUAGGAAGAAUUUGCCGAGUCAAAUCUGUUCUCUUUUUCAGGUCGUUGCAUAAGGCCACUCCAGUUGGCAUCUCUCGUGUAGCUUAGCGUCUUGCGGGCUGCAAUGGGAGACGCUUCCAUCCCUCCUCUCACCUUUGCAUCUUGCGGGGUGAG